CCGUGUCGUCUCCUCUCCAACUACUACUCUCUCUCUCUCUCUGUGGAAGAUUCAUUAAAUAAGGAAAGAAGAGAAUGGUAGGGUCCCUCCUUAAUUGCCCCGAAUUCACUCCACCGGCACAUCCCCGGUCUCUCCCCAAGCGAUUCUCGAGGCGAGCCGGACGCGGAAGCAACCGGCCAUGGCGAGCGACUCGAGCGCGACCCAGCUCAAAUCCGACGCCUUGAUGGAGCAGAUGAAGCAGCACCUCUCCACCGACGCCGGCAAGGCGGUCACCAAGAAGAUCGGCCUCGUCUACCAGAUCAACAUCGCCCCCAAGAAAAUUGGGUUCGACGAGGUGGUCUACAUCGUCGAUCUGAAGAAGGGAGAGGUCACUAAAGGACCAUAUGAAGGUGGAAAACCUGAUGCUACCUUUUCCUUCAAAGAUGAUGAUUUUAUCAAGGUUGCCACAGGAAAAAUGAAUCCUCAAAUUGCUUUUAUGAGGGGAGCAAUGAAGAUUAAGGGAAGCCUGAGUGCAGCGCAGAAAUUCACUCCUGACAUAUUCCCAAAGCCAUCGAAGAUGUGAGCAUUUGAAAAGGGUCUACAUUCUGCGUUUUUUAGUUCCCUCUUGUUUUGGUGGGAAAAAAGGGGAAAGAAUGAAAAGAUUAUUCCAGCUGAAAGUUGUAUGAACUAGUCCUUCACAUGUCAGUCAUGGUGAUAUAGCAACAUUAGUAAUGAGAUAAGGGACUUGAUAAAGGGGCCUUUCUUCUCCAAGUUCUUUUGCAUUUGAAGCUUUGUUUAUACUUUUUUCUUUUACUCCCUUUUUUUGUUGCAGCACAUUCUUAUGUUGGUUUAUUCUCUUCCUUUCAUUAGAAUUGCAUAAUUUAUUGCC